AUGGGUUCUUCAAUGAGAUGGCUUGCCGUGGCGGCUGUAGCAGCAUGUGCACUCUUCGACAACACCAAUGCCUCAGAUGUACCACCGCAAGGACCAGAGCCCACAGCGCCGGCCAGAAUUCGCGCUCUUCGACCUCUCCAGGGUCUCUUCAGACGCGAGGAUGGAACCGUGACGGAGACACUCGACAUCACUGUCGCCCCCGACACACUCUGCGGCUUCUAUACUCCCAGCACAACCUACAGCUUCACUUGCUCGCCCGGCACGUCAUGUAUGUGGGAGAACAACAAGUACAACCUCGCCUUUUGCGGCAUCGAGGACUUCAAGACGGCUUGUGUGGGGCAGGCUGAUGCCACGGACGAGGAUAAGUGUGACGAUGACUGCCGACGAGAUCCCAACAUUCAGUUUUGUACUCUAGACACUCAACCGUUCUGCUUCACCAUCUACAUGCCCAACGGCAUCAUGAAGUAUCCCUGCCAUACGGCUGCCGGCUUCAGCAGCAUGAUCUUUCCCGAUGGAGCAGCCAACUUUGCUACUUCAACCAUGGACGUUACCAUCUACGAAGCUGCGACGACAAAGCCUUCCGAAUCGACCAAGGAAUCCACAGCUGAAGAGUCCAAGGACGAAAAAGAGUCUGAUGCGGAAACUACAAAGCCCAAGGCGGCCAAGACUGUGACAGUUGGACCGACUGCCUCGAGCGAAUCUGAGAGCGAGAAAGACGCCAGUGAGGAUGAUGGCAAUGAGAAGGGUAGUGGUAGCAAGACCAACAUUGGUGCUAUCGUUGGUGGUGUGGUUGGAGGUAUUGCAGUCAUUGCGAUUGUUGUCCUGGCCAUUUUCUUGAUCCGCCGACGAGACAAGAACAAGGUACAGCCUGUGCAACAGGUUCAACCUCCUCCCCAGCAACAGAUGCAAUAUCCCGUCAUGGCCCAGCAGCAACAAAUGCCUUAUCAGGGAUGGCAGCAAACACCACCUCCUCAAGGAUUCCAGCAGUCACCUUCACCUCAGGGGUUCCACCAGACGCCAUCGCCCCAAGGAUUUCAGCAAUCACCGUCCACCCAGACGUCUGUCCCGGGGGCGGUCGAGGCCCCUGAUUCAAAUGCCGUGGCGGUAUAUGAGUUGCCGGAUAAGCGUCCUCAUUACGCAAGUGGAACUGUCGCUUCGAGGUCCCUGAAAGUCAAGUCUCCAGGUGGCAGGUUGAUAUCAGCUCCUCCCGUGGCUGCCGCGUUUAUCCCAGCUUCAUUCCAACUUCGACCUUCCUUCUUCAACUUCCCCGCGAUUGAUCUCCAACGUCGAGAUCUCGCAUCUUACUCCUCAUCCGACGAAUCUCAACUUUUCUUCUUAUCCUACGUCAUCGCCCUCUCCGACGCUCUCUUACAUCCAUCGAAUGCCCUCGUGAUCCUCUACCCAAGCCCCCCAUCCAAUGUCGCCCUCACGGCGAUGAAUCCCGUCGCAAGCCAAACCACAGGCUCCUCCGAUGCCGCCGCCGCCGCCCUCCAGGGCGCAACGCUCGCCUUCAAUAAGAACAAGCCCGCGCCGCCGCCUUCGCGAAGAGGCAAUGGCCCCCUGACGCCGUCAGCCGGACGCCCGCGGAGCCCGGUCAAGCCGCUCGCCGAACAGAGUACGGGGGAGAGCGCUACUGGUGUUGAGCAUAAUGGAGCGACGAUUGCUGCGAGGUUGAAGCAGUUGGGGGCGAGUCCGGUUCAGCUACAUCCGGGUUCCGCUGGGAAGACGGAUGCUAGAAGCGCAAGCUUCAUUGCGGCCACGUUAGCGGCCAGUCGAAGCGCCAGCCCAAGUCCCAAGGUACGGACGCGUGCCUCAUCGCACAGCGGCGAUGUUGUCGACUCGGGGUCUAUUCCACCCACGGGAAACCUCAUCUCCAUGUUCGAGCAGGCUCGGACGGGCGACCCCGUGAAGAGAGCCUCUCCAAAGAGAUCUCCGGUUAGGGCGCCUAGAGACUCGGCCGAGAGUAUUCCGGAGGAGCCAGUGCCAUAUAUCGACGAUACUCCAACAGCCAAGCCAAAACCCAAGCCGAAACUAAAACCGAAGCCUCGCCCCGUGACGCCGCCACCUCUGGCUGCCACCAUCAGAGCUCCAGAGGUACUAUCGCCCAAGCCUACCAGACCCCCGAAGCCGGUGUUGAGGCCAAAAACACCACCGCAAAUCAUUACUCGUCAGGCAACUCAAGUCCUUUCACCUCCGUCACCGGAUCCCCAGAAACGCAAAGUCAAGACGAAGAAAUCAGGUCCGCCUACGCCGCCGCAGCCUCGAGGAACGAACAAGCCGAAUGUACAGUCCCAGAAUUUCGUCCAGAAGACGCGGACUGUUACACCAAGGCAUUCAGCUCCCCAACUGGCCCCUAGACUUUCUCGCCCAAGACCCGAUCCUGUAGAGAAACGGCCGUCAACACCGGACUCGGCCUCAUCUGAUGAUACCUUUGUGUCUGCUUCUUCAGUUCAGUCCCCUGAACGAUUAACUCCCCCAACUCUACCUCCGAAAAGGCGAACCGCGGCUAGUACACCGUCUUCGCCAUCUCGGGAGGUCCGACGUCAUCGCCCUCAGAGCUCAUCAGUUACAAAUCUCCCAUUGGAAUCUCUCACAAGUGCCAUUGUGGCAGGUUCACUGGCAUCAGCUCGUCUUACACCUCACAACACAGGAGGCAGCCUUGCUCCGCAACUGCCUCGACGACAAAAGUCACCUCGCAUGAUGCAGACUUUGCGUCAGCCAGCCAAGGCAUCAGAUGAAGACUUGGAUCGUCACAAGAAGAAGCCUCUGCACAAGCUCCAUUCUUCUGGGAAACAUUCUCAUCAUGAAGGGUCGAGAAAGAAGUGGCGAGAAGAGAUCACACCCCGUGAGCGGAAGCGAUAUGAAGCUGUAUGGGCUUCUAAUCGCGGGCUUCUACUUGAUUAUCCAAACUCUCCCUUGGAUGCCAUGGACAACGACCCUUCAGAGUACGUUGUUAAUGUUAUAGCUCGCGAGAUUUGGAAGCGUUCGCGUCUGCCGGCAGACGAGUUGGCUGAAGUGUGGGAUCUCGUUGACCGCAAGGGACGAGGUAUUCUUGGACGAGCAGAGUUUGUCGUUGGCAUGUGGCUGAUUGACCAGAGGCUCCGUGGCCGCAAGAUCCCGGCCAAAGUGAGUGACAGCGUAUGGGGGAGCGCCAACGGCAUGAAGGUGAUCAAGCCCAGGGUUAAGUAG